AUGUUAUGGCUUCGUUGUGAAGAAACGAACGUUCUUGCAACGAAGGAGGAAAGCAAGGAUACUUUUAUUGUAACAAUUUAAACGUCUUCAGAAUCAUUGGAAAAUUUUUUUCACCAUUAGAUCUACCAUUACUUUGGAAGUCUUCCCUUUAAAAUUUGUACGAUUAUUUUUCGUAAUGGAUCCAAUCGUGAAGAAGAUUCUUCAACGUUUCUAGGAAUUUCAGUUUUGACGAUUUCCGAAAGUAAAAGUACCCUUUACGUUUCCAUUUGCUACGUAAUGCGAAAACAUAUUGAAAAGAACGGACUUAAAGUAGAAUUAGAAGGAUUGUUAAGGAGAUACUUUUAAAACGAGACUAACUAAAUGGAUUGUUACGUGAUCUUUUUUUUUUUUUUUUCUAAGAAAUUAUGACAGCUUAAAAUAUCGACGAUUUUUCAUCGUUAUUAUAGUUCAGUUAUGCUCAUCAUCACUGCGUCAACAUUAAAAUCGAUGUCGUUGUUAAAAAUUGUUUUCACAUUAAUUCUUUUACAUUUCAAUUCGUUUCGAUACAAUGCAUCCUUAUUGUCUCAUAAUGAGAUCGGUUGGCUUUCAGAAGACAAAUACGAGGUCCCAAUCGCUGUACUCGUGCUCCUGAGCAUUGCGUACGGAACGAUAUCAUUUUUAGCGGUAGUGGGGAAUUCUCUUGUCAUGUGGAUAAUAGCUACAUCGAGGCGCAUGCAGAACGUGACAAACUUCUUCAUAGCGAAUCUGGCAUUGGCGGACAUUGUCAUCGGUUUAUUCGCCAUUCCGUUUCAGUUUCAAGCAGCCCUGUUGCAAAGAUGGAUCCUCCCUCAUUUCAUGUGCGCGUUUUGCCCCUUCGUGCAAGUACUCUCUGUCAAUGUCUCGGUUUUCACAUUGACAGCAAUCGCGAUCGAUCGACAUCGGGCGAUCUUGAAGCCCCUCAGCGCGAGGCCAAGCAAACUGACCGCCAAAUUCAUAAUCGCUGGAAUUUGGUUUCUCGCUGGAAGUUUAGCCACGCCGGUGGCAAUCGCACGAAGGGUCAUUAUGGUACCGGAUGGUUCCAAUGAUCACCUAAAACCAUUCUGUAUACAUGUGAACCUGUCCAACAGAUCGAUGUUCAUUUAUUCAGGGCUAUUGGUAUUUUUGCAAUAUCUCACGCCACUCUCGAUCAUUUCCUGCGUGUAUGCAAGAAUGGUGUUGAAACUUUGGGGGAACAAAGCCCCAGGGAAUGCCGAAGAUUCUCGAGACGCGAACUUGAUGAAGAACAAGAUGCGGGUAAUCAAAAUGUUAAUAAUAGUCGUGGCGCUUUUCGCGAUUUGUUGGCUACCGCUUCAACUGUACAACGUUUUCCAAUAUUUUUACUCGGAAAUUAACGAGAAAAAUUCAGAAGGGAAUUUCAACAGAAAUGUCCCUUUAAAUCGCGGAAAUGGUCAGCUAAUCCAACAAUUGAUACCAUGGACAUGGAUAAAACACAAAGCACACGAGUUUCCAUA